CUCCAGUCGAAGUAGCACUAAAACUUCCGCCACUAUCCCUCUCAUCUUUCUCGAUUUGACCGGAACUCCCCACACUAUCAAUGUCGAUCCAACCGUCGCACCUUCCUUUGAAAAGCUUCGGCAGCUAGUGGCCCGGCGCUGGAAGGUUCCGGACCACCUUGUUGCCAUUCAGCAUUUGAAUUACGACACUGCGGCUGUGCGGGAAGAUUACCAUGUCUUGACGCCAUCGAAAGAUCCAAAGCAGGACGAGCUGAAGAGGAAAAAAGGCGACGCCCGGAUCGACUUCGAUGCGAUUCGAAGUGCGGCUUAUCCCGAAAGCAAUGGGCAUUUCCGAGUCAUCGUCAAGCAAGUAGAUCCCUUUUAUCCGGUGAAAUUGUACGACAGCGACGACGAGGAGAGCGCAUAUGUCGUCCCUCCCAAAGCGAAGCCCUUGACCGAAACAGAUAUCGGCGAGAGUCCGCAGCGGGGCAGUGGCGACCACGAACUGGCAUGGCUCUUGUCGAACAGUUUUGUCCGCGGGAAGGAGUUUCUCCACCUGUACCCAAACUGGGCAGAGAGUCUCACGUUCCUCUGCUACUUGCUCAGAAACCCGCGGAACAAGCCGGAAAUCGCGAAAACCCGGCUAGCCGCUGCGCUCGUUGAUUCCGCGCCGAACAAGUCGAAUCUGUUCGACUCGUCACUGCUGAGUACUCCUGGGAAUUUGAACAAUGCCAAUUCAGCAGUCGUUGUCUCCACUGCAGGAGGCCCGGCGGCGCAGCAACCUCGGCGUGCCUCCGGGUCGCUUCUCGGGGUUGAGAAGCGGUUGAGUGCGAAGUUUGGUAAUGACCCGGCGGAAGCGACAAUAUCCGACACGUCGAUUUUUCUCCGCAUGUACGAGAUCUACGCACCGACGGUGCUCGUGGCCGUGCUCAGCAACCCGCUGUUCCGGCAGUACAACUGGAACGUGAGGGCUUUGGGGUCCCGGGAGCCGAGCAAGCAGUUGCUGGUCCGGUCGUUUGGCGUGGCAGAGAGCGGGAAGACCAGGUACGGCAAGCACGUCAGUCAGGAGGAGCGGGGGGACAUUUUACUCACUCUCGUGAAGAACUGCGCGAUGAAGAGCCCCGCUACCGUUCUCAACUAUUGCGCGUUGCCCAGCGAAAAGUUUCUCGCGUACAAAAACCCGCACGACCCGAACAGCCGCACCCGGGAGCUGGCGAUCCCGCGGAGCACGCUGGCGCCCUUGUUUGAGUUGAAGUUCCUUUGGCCGGUGGUCCACCUGCUAUUAACAAAGCGCGAGGAUUGCGUCCAAGUGCGGACGCUGUUCGCCCCGGAUUUGUUCGCGGGCUGGUCCCCGUUCUGCGCCUGUCUGUGUCGAGGAGAUAGUCAGCUGAGGCUGCGGAUGAUGGCCUUUCUGAAGAAGCACGGGCCCCUGCAGCUGCGGAGCACCACAGCGAAUUUCUGGGCCAAGGUGGAGGCGUUCGCAAAAGACCUCUUCGACCAGGUGCAACAGGAGCUCCGAGAAAGGGCGGACGUCACGAAGGAGAUUCCGCUCGACAUGCCGGAUUUCGCGCUGGAAAAGACAGAUGGUGGUGGUGGUGCCAUCAAUUUGUCGCGAGAAGUUUCCUCCGAGGUGUCGACCACGCGCCCGGCGUCGCCAGGGGAGCAGGAAGUGACCGAGGGCGGCGUCGAGAACAAUAGUACUGCAAAAGGAAUAAUCGGCGAGGAAACCGAAGCAGUAGAGAAGAAUGAAGAACAGGCUGUAGUAGAGCUGCAAGGAGCUGCUGAAAAUGAAUGUCUUUCCGAUGAAGACGAGCCAGAGGAAGUGCAGCAAAAUCGGCUGACCGGAAAAUGGUGGUCGAGCCGGCGCAUGCCAGCGUUGGAUUUUGGGGCCUGCGACCGCGGGUCCUAUGUGCGAGAUAAGGAAGGCUACAAUUUGGAGAUGUCCCGCGAUGAGGGCGUGUGGCAGAUUGUCAGCUUCCGGCUGUGGAUUUCUCUCGCGUACUUGUGGCAGCCAAAGCCGGAAAAAAGACCAAUCACAUUCAGGUCCCUCUUAGCGAUGGAGGUUUCGGACUCGGAUUGAGCAGUAGAUUGAAUUGGUCGUUUUUUCUAUGAGCGUUUGUAAUGUAAGUAUACGGUUUGAUAUCCGCAUUCCGCAGUCGCAAUCCCCAUUCUCACUAUACAUUUAGAAUUAUAAUUCCAAAAUGUCUGGGCCGACGAGACGUGUAGUCCGCGGCCCAAGUUAUGUGUAAAGAAAAAGCUACCCAGAAAAACACUGUAUCUGCUCCCAUGCAGCGAGAGUACAAAAGCAACAAGAUCCUACCACCAAGACCGCGUAUUAUACCCGUUCCACGGUCAAGAAUAUUUCAGUUUGCGACAAAAGAAAUAUAUUGCCUUUUGACA